AUGUCCGCCCCAGAGACACCUUAUGCUUCAGCCUUCGUCGAAACUGAGCCGAUACUAGACGCCGAUGCCGUUUCUACCACAACAACCGCCGACGAGGCAAGCGAUACCGAUUCUGCAGGCGGUGAAUCUGAUCUGGAUUCCUCCUUAGGCGCCGAGGUGCAGCCAUCCACUAUGUCUCUCCGCAGCAGCAUUCUCCGCUAUCGUGAGGAGAACGGCCGCACAUACCACGCCUACAAGGACGGCGCCUACCUCAUGCCCAAUGACGACCUUGAACUUGACCGCCUGGACCUUCAACAUAACCUCUUUCUCCUCACAAUGGGAAACAAGCUUCAUCUAUCUCCUUUGAACCACGAGAAACCACCUCAGCGCGUCUUGGAUGUCGGCACAGGGACCGGUAUCUGGGCUAUUGAGUUUGCGGAUGACAACCCGGGGUCCACUGUUAUAGGUGUCGAUUUGAGCCCGGUGCAGCCGUCUUACGUGCCACCCAAUGCAUACUUCCAGAUCGAGGAUAUUGAGGAAGAACCGUGGUCGUUUUCACAGAAGUUUGACUUCAUCCAUAGUCGAAUGAACACAGGCGGAAUCCGAGACUUUCCCAAAUUGUUCCGACAGGCUUAUGAGAACUUGAAUCCUGGGGGAUGGAUAGAGGCUACUGAUGGAGCGAUCGCUACUUCAGAUGAUGGGACUCUGCAAGAGAAUUCCGCGCUUUAUCAGUGGAAUCAGUUGCUUUCAAAGGGGACGGAAGCUUUGGGUACACCGUUUGGCGCGGCUCCAAAGUACAAAGAACAGCUUCGGGAGGCGGGUUUCGUAAACGUGAAAGAAGUUGUCUUCAAAUGGCCGACAAACCAGUGGGCCAAACACCCUAGGCACAAGGAACUCGGUGAGUAUCAUACCAUAACCCCUCCAAAGGCGUAA